AACGCGACCUUCUCAACAUGGCGCCCUCUUGGCUCUUGUGAGGGCGGAGCUCGGAGGUGCGGAGGCCAAUGGCGGACCGCGAGACGCGGCGGGGCGGGGAGAACAGUUGCCUCACACCCAACCCGAGGCUCGGGAGGAGGCUGGAGAGUGAAUUUUCUGGAAGGCGACUUUAAAGGCGCCGGGCCGGAGCGAAGGGCGUUUCGGUGCCGCUGUCGCCCUAGCCGCCGCCCUGGUCGGGAAGGGCGCUUUAGUGGCAGGAAGCGAGCUGUAACGAGGACGUUGCGGCAUCAGUUGGUGACCCCGAAGGAUGAACCACAAGAGCAAGAAGCGGAUCCGCGAGGCCAAGCGGAGUGCGCGGCCGGAGCUCAAGGACUCGUUGGACUGGACCCGGCACAACUACUACGACAGCUUCCCGCUGAACCCGGCGGCCGUGGCGGAUAACGUGGAAAGGGCAGACGCUUUACAGUUGUCCGUGGAAGAAUUUGUGGAGCGAUAUGAAAGACCUUACAAGCCCGUGGUUCUGCUGAAUGCCCAAGAAGGCUGGUCUGCACAGGAGAAAUGGACUCUGGAGCGCCUAAAAAGGAAAUACCGCAACCAGAAGUUCAAGUGUGGUGAGGAUAACGACGGCUAUUCGGUGAAGAUGAAGAUGAAGUACUACAUCGAGUACAUGGAGAGCACUCGGGAUGACAGCCCCCUUUAUAUCUUUGAUAGUAGCUAUGGAGAACACCCCAAAAGAAGGAAACUUUUGGAAGACUACAGGGUGCCCAAGUUUUUCACUGAUGACCUAUUCCAAUACGCAGGGGAGAAGCGCAGGCCUCCUUACAGGUGGUUUGUGAUGGGGCCACCACGUUCCGGGACUGGGAUUCACAUUGACCCUCUGGGAACCAGUGCCUGGAAUGCCUUAGUUCAGGGCCACAAGCGCUGGUGCCUGUUCCCAACAAGCACUCCCCGAGAGCUCAUCAAGGUGACCCGAGAAGAAGGCGGGAACCAGCAAGAUGAAGCAAUUACCUGGUUUAAUGUCAUUUAUCCCCGGACACAGCUUCCAACUUGGCCCCCUGAAUUCAGACCCCUGGAAAUCUUACAGAAACCAGGAGAGACUGUCUUUGUCCCAGGAGGCUGGUGGCAUGUCGUCCUCAAUCUUGACACCACCAUUGCCAUCACCCAGAAUUUUGCCAGCAGCACCAACUUCCCUGUUGUGUGGCACAAGACGGUAAGAGGGAGACCAAAGUUAUCGAGGAAAUGGUAUAGGAUCUUGAAGCAGGAGCACCCUGAGCUGGCGGUCCUAGCAGAUGCCGUUGACCUCCAGGAGUCCACGGGCAUUGCCUCUGACAGCUCCAGUGACUCCUCCAGCUCCUCCAGCUCCAGCUCAUCCGAUUCUGACUCUGAGUGCGAGUCUGGGUCAGAAGGCGAUGGAACAAUGCACCGCAGGAAGAAGAGGAGGACAUGCAGCAUGGUGGGCAACGGGGAUACCACCUCACAGGAUGACUGCGUGAGCAAAGAGCGCAGCUCCUCCAGGAUUAGGGACACAUGUGGAGGCCGGGCUCAUCCCUGAGCAAAUAGAGAGACUCCCCGAGGUGGCUCUGUGUGAGCUGUUGGCUGCCACGCAACUCAGUUCUCACGUCUUCUGCUCCUACUUCUUUGUCUUUGAAUUUGGAUCUUCCUUCUCUGGUCCAAGCUCCUGUCUUCGGUCAGAUGCUGGUUUUACUGCUUGCUAAGACUAGAUUGCCAAGAAGUUUAAAAGCUCGGCCAGCUCAGGGAAACACUGAAGCUACCAUGAUGUUGGGUAAGAAAGUUCUGUGUUAUCUUGUGCAAAACCACAUGGGUGAACCCCGAGGCUAGAGGGUUGUGAUCCCUUCCGAGUCUCACUCACUCUGCCUGUCCCCUCCCUGCUGUUGGUAAGGAACAGUGGCUGCACAAGCAGAGACCCCAGGAAUGGCAAGUGCACUCGGAGCUGUGGGGGAAGCGGCCUGUGGAAGAAGCACUGUAUGUGCUGCCCCCCAGGAUGCACCGUGCCAAGGAUGCAUGCAGAGGCCAGCUGUGUCCAGCUCAUCCUCUGCUGUUCAGUACCAUCCUAGGAGUCAUCUUUGUCCACACUCAGGCUGUGAAAUUUCAGGGGUGUUCUGUGUGGUGCAUUUAGGGGUCAGGGGCAACACCUGUUUGCUCAGAGAGAAUGGUAUUUAGUGUGCUUUUGUCUUGGAAUUUAACUUAUAAACAGGCCACCUUCCAGCAGCACAUUCUUCCCACCUCUUUAAGGGACUUCAUCACUGUGUCCCCCAUUUGUUUGGCCUACGGACAUCAAGCAGGCAGCUUGUGUUCCACACAGGAGAGAGACAGGGAUGGUGCUUCUAGUCUUUAGGAUCUGUGGGUGCUUUUGCAGAGCUCUGGUGGAAAACUUGGAGACUGACCAGCAGGUUCCCUGUCUCGCCCUCUAGAAUCACCUGCUUGCCUUAAUCUGCCCCUAAAUUCAAGGAAAACAGGUUUUAUCAUUUCCUGACUCUGGGUCGUGUACCUUUGCUUUAGGAGGCUGGUCCUGUUUUCUCUCAGUUCAGCUUUCUGUAUCCUGAAACCCCAGCCCCACUGUGUGCCUAGGUGGGAGAAUCCUCUCCUGCAGAGGCUGCCACUCCCUGCCGGAGUGAAGGAGAGAAGGCAGCUCCCCCUGGUCCCUGAUGGGCCGGGAUAUGCUUGUCUCUGAGUCGAGUCAAAUCCUGAGAGUUGAAGUGCUCUAGUAAUACUGAAAGAUGUUCCUCCUCCUUGUGUUUUUGUGUUUUUGUUUUUUGGGGUUUUUUUCCCCCUUUCAAUACUGGGGAUGGGACUCAGCCUCCUGUGUGCCAGACAAGUGCUGUACCACUGGGCUACAUCCCCAGCUCUUUUAAGAUAAGAACUCACCACAUUGCCCAGGCUGGCCUCGAACUUGCCUCCACCUCUGCAGUAGCUGGGAUUAGAGCCCUGCACUACCUUGCCCAGCUACUCCUGCAGCUUUUAAAAAGACUUUUCUUGUCAUCUUCACAUUUCCCCCCUCCCCUUGUUGCUAUCUCGCUUCCCCCUAAACUUCAGCCAAAAGAAGGGCUCUCUGCCACCAGAGGGUGCAGUGGGACGUAUUGCCAGUGGCCUCUGAUGGAGCAGAAAUUUGAAACUGAAAGCUCAGCUCCCCAUUUCUUCAAAUGCUGGAGGUGAUUCCUGGUUGCUAGACACCAGCAGAAACAAGGGACCUGGCCACAGUCCUCUCUCCUGACAGUGCUGGACAGCACAGAUUAUGUGAUGCUCUUGCCACCCCAUGAAUAAUUGUGGGGUGCCAGGCCAAGGAUUCAGCAGUCCACUGUGGAAGCAGAGUGAGGUGGGGGAGCCUGAGCACCAGGUGUUCAGGACUCCACUCUUCCCUCCCACCUGGCCUGUGCUCCUCCUUUGAAUCGAGUCAGCAGGAAGAAAGAGAAGGAUGCAAUUCAAGACCAUUUCUGGGGAUUAUUCUCCAGGAUGGCUACUGAUCUUAAACCCAAAGAGCUGUAUCUUGGAAAAAGGAAUAUUGGAAGGAUGGGGAGGAGCGACCUGAGUAGGACCCAGGGCACUGGGCCUUUGGGAAUUUGGUCCCCGUCACCCCAGGAGAGUCCAGUGCAGCUGCAUAGGUGGCCCUGGAGUUGUCAGUGGUCCUGGGAUGCUGAGGGUGAGGCUCCUGAGGGAAGAGCCGCCAAAGCAGGGACACCACUCACAGUCACAUUUUAUUCUUGCAUUGCCCACUGCUUAGUAAUUUAAGCACCCAGCAAAAGUUCUACUGCCAGCCAUGGUGGCACACACCUAUAAUCCCAGCACUCGGGAAGCUGAGGCAGGAAGAUUGCAGGAGUUUGAGGCCAGCCUGGGCUACAUAGUGAAUUCAAGGCCUGCCAGCCGAACUACAUAGCAAGACCCUGUCUCAGAAAAAAAAAAAGUUGGAGUACCUGGACUGCUCUUGGUGCCAGAGGUACAGCAGGGACAAGCCAGGGUCCCUGACCUUGAGGAGCUUGCUCGGCAAUAGCUGCUGCUGUUCAUAAGAGUAGGAGACAAGAGUGUGUGCGCUUCCGCAGCCAGAAAAGCAAGUGCCACCCUCCCUAAACAAGUGGACCAGCUCUUCAUGAAGGGGCAUGGCCAACCAUACACCAUGUGCUGGAUCCGGACACUGUUUCUUUGUAGAGUAACUGGAAAUUUAAGAAAGCUCACAGCAAAUUGCCGAUAAGCCUCACAAGUCCAGAACCCAGCCCUGAACUUAGGACUGUAGGCACGAGAACGGGAUGGAGUGAGUCAGUCAGUGUUGUAGAGGUGCUGUCUAGGGCACGCAUGUGAACACACAGCUGUAGGUGCCGUAGUUGUGUGUAGCUUUUCCCAGAGAAGCGGCUGUGAUGUGUGUGCUGACACUCCUGACAGGUUCAGCGGAGUCUAGCUUCUCUUUCCUAGCUUUUGUCAAGAUGUCCUGUUGUUGUCACGCUGUUUUCAGCAAAACUAGAAGAGUAUAGGCCCGUAGGUGGUACCUCUCAAUUUGUCUCAUUGUUAGAUCAGAAAUUGGAGUCACCAAGCCCCCCAUCUUCCGAGGAAACCAGCCCUUGCCUGCCUGUCUCCGCGGUGACCUUGCCAGACCCCACAGAGCUGGGCUCCUGCAGUUGUCAAACAGAACCCUGAGCAGUCUCGGUUCUGUGUUCCCCAUGCUGUAGCGUCUGCUAUGGAACGCCCAUGGGGUCUGCCAUUGGGUCGGUGUUUUUUAACUUUCACUUAGAUGAAACUUGUUCAUUUUAAAUAAAGCAACUGGAUUUGGGGUUGUGUUUUCUGCA